CGUGGUUAUCUAAUCGCGACUCGAGUUCUUCUUCCCAUACUGAAGACACUCGAUGGCGUCAAAAUGAGUGGAGAAGACGAACUGUUCACAGAGUAAUACCCCACGCUAACAGAACUCCAUCUCUAUCUUGAACUUCCAUGGCUGAGGUUGACUUUAAGCAAGCAAACGAGAGCUACGCUGCCAGCUUCGGCGAUAAUGGCAAAUUAAGCAUUCCACCAUCCAAGCAUCUUGUUGUCGUGACUUGCAUGGAUGCUCGCCUUAAUCCUGAGGAGUUCCUCGGCCUGAAUGUAGGGGAAGCACACAUUAUUCGGAAUGCUGGUGGGCUUGCCAAAGAAUCUCUUCGUUCCAUUAUCAUUUCACAGAGACUCCUCGGAACUAAAGAUGUGCUCGUCAUUCACCAUUCUGAUUGUGGAAUGCUCACUUUUUCCGAUGAGCAACUUCGAUCCAAGGUCACCAAUGCACAUCCUGGAGAUACCAGUGUGUCCGAGGCGGUGAACGACCUGCAGUUUGGACCCUUCCCUGAUUUAGAUAGGAGUGUGAAAGAUGAUGUCACGUUCUUGAAGAAUCACCCGCUUGUUCUGAAAGAAGGAAAUAUCACUGGAUGGGUGUACGAGGUUGAGACGGGAAAGAUCAGAGAAGUUGCGUGAUAAGACGGCGGUAUAACGAAUGGUCUAUAUGACAUGUGUAACCUGUACAAAGAAUGAUCUGUAUGAGGUGCAACCUAGUGCU